GGAAUGCGCCCGGCGUGCUUGGACUGCCUGGAAAGGAUGCACUGCUUAGGCUUGGCCUUUACCUCCAUCUGCCCGCUGGGAAGUUUCUCGUCAGGCACCGGCCGGGACGGGUCGGGCCGUGCGGGUGACCCACGGUGUCGUUUUGCGCUGCUUCUGGAGGUUCUGAAGAAGAUGCUGGAAUUCAAGCGCCGGCUACCGGCUUGCCCUGUGAGAUCCUGACACUUAUUUAGCUACAGCCAAAAAAAAAAGACAUUGAGUUGCAUACAUAUAGAAGCACUGGCCAUUUGGCGUCAGUGAACAUGCAUUCGUCCGGAAGGCACACAAAUCAUCUCUCAAAACACACCGUUCCCAAUAUAAUUCAUCAAUCCGUUAAUGCAAAUAUUAAAUUAUGGAGGAGCCUAAAGUCCCGCCCCUGAGAAAUAACCCACGCUUAGAACUUGUCAAGCUGGACUCUCCUAGCCAUUGGUUGGUGCCAAGUGCCGUCACUCAAGCCCGAGGGGGAAGGACCUGAGGCGGUUUAUCCAAUCAGAGGCAAUUAUUGUGAACUGACCUAUCAUGCUCACGCGGAGUUGGGUGGAGGCGGGCUUUAGCAGCCUUCCGGCCUUUUGUCAGGCCCGCUCUUUGCUCGCCAUCUUGGGGGCUUCUCCUCCAGGCUUGUUUUCAUCCCGGAGGGCCACUUGGCUCUGUCACAGCCUCUGCUUCCCUGUUGCUCACCAGUGCCGAGCAGGUGUGUUGGGAGGACGCUGGACACCCCAGAAAGACGAGCAUGGACACAAAUCAAACUGUCUUAUGGAAAACAGAUGGAAGAAGCGUUUCCCCACAGAAGAAUGAGCUCCUCUGCUCCUGUUCCCAGAGCUUCAGACUUGAGGAGCAAUGUGUCAUUACAGAGCUUGGUGUCAUUCGAGGACGUGGCUGUGGAUUUCACCCGGGAGGAGUGGCAGGACCUGGACGAUGCUCAGCGGACGCUCUACAGGGAUGUGAUGCUCGACAACUACAGCAGCCUGGUGUUCGUGGGGCACUGCCUGGCCAAACCUGAGCUGAUCUUCAAGUUGGAACAAGGACUUGGGACUCAGAGGGUGGACGGCCCACCCCACUGCCUCGCAGGCCUGCAGAGAGCGAAUGGCCUGCUGAAGACAAGCCCAGAAAAUCCAGACAGACCCUUGUGGCCGGUUACACUCAAGAGCAAGGCCCGGCCUGAAGUCAUGGUGGGAGGGAGAGAAACAUUUCAUUUGCACACAAAUGGUAUUACAAACCAGAACCCAAAGAUGGGAUGCUCAAGGACUGGGCCCCAGGAGCAGCACCUGCUGCUCAGUGGGCGUGUCCAUAGUGGGUCGGCCAAUGAGAACUGCCCGUGUCCUGAAGUCACUGAUCCGCUGGGCCGGCGCAGUGAUACUCGCGGCCCCAGCAGGUCCCUGAAGUGUUUUGGCUCCGGGAAGGCCCGGCUGCUGGCCCACCGGAAGUUCCGGAAAGGGGAGGCUGCGAGGACGCCGAGGGGGUGCGGGAAGGCCCUGGGGUCGCCCCGGACGGAAGAGAGGACGCUCGACCGUGAUGUCCGUGCCAUCCUUGUCCACCCAAAGUCUAAGUGCAGCAAACGGGAGCGAGCCCCAAAAGGAGAGAAGCAUGGACGCGGUGGUGGUGAGAAGCCGCUGGUGGAGCACGGAUCGGCCGGCCCCGCGCCUCCCAGGCGGAGGGAACGGAGGAGGUUCCGGGGUCCGAAGCCCGAGCGAGCUGGACCUCGGAAGUUAGACGUGGCAGGGGAGCACUUCUACCGGGAGUCCCAGCUCAACAGAUGCCGGAAGAGCCACCAGGCGGAGCGGAAGUACGCGUGUCCCGAGUGCGGAAAGACCUUCUUCUUCGAGUCCAAUCUCGCCGUCCAUCGCCGGGCACACACAGGCGAGAAGCCCUUCGAGUGCGGGCAGUGCAGGAAGACGUUCAAGCAGAGGGGCCAUCUCACCGUGCACCAGAGGACGCACACGGGCGCCAAGCCGUACGCGUGCGGAGACUGCAGGAAGACCUUCCGACACAUCUCCUCACUCACCAUCCACCAGCGGAUCCACACGGGCGAGAAGCCGUACGAGUGCAAAGAGUGUCGGAAAACCUUCAACCGCCUGGCGUCCAUCACAGUGCACCUGCGGACCCACACCGGGGAGAAGCCCUAUGGCUGUGACCGCUGCAGCAAGACCUUCAUCUCCAAAUCCAACCUCACGGUGCACCAGCGCUUCCACACCGGGCACAAGCCGUACGCGUGCGACAUGUGUGGGAAAGCCUUCUUCUGCAAGUCCAACCUCACCUCCCACCGCAGGAUCCACACCGGGGAGAAGCCUUACGGGUGCACAACGUGCGGGAAGGCCUUCAAGCACUUCUCAUCCCUCACUGUGCACCAGAGAAUCCACACGGGCGAGAAACCCUACGCAUGCCAUGACUGUGGGAAAUCCUUCUACCGCCAGUCCCACCUCACCGUGCACCAGAGGACACACACAGGCCACAAGCCCUACACCUGCCAGCAGUGCGGGAAGAUGUUCAACCAGCUGUCCCACUUGACGGUGCACCAGAGGACUCACAGGAGGCAGGCCCGACCUUAAAAAUAAAUAAAACCAGACCUCAAGCAGUUGUGAAGCCAUAGAGAUAAAGUCACAAUAUAGCCGGGCACUAAUGGCUCAUGCCUGUCAUCCCAGCUACUCAGAAGACUGAGAUCUGAGUAUGGCAGAUUAAAGCCAGCCCAGGCAGGAAAGUCUGUGUGACUCUUAUCUCCAGUUAACUACCAAAAAG